GUCUUGCUUUUUACCCUUCAGAAAAGUGUUCAAGAUUGAAAUCCCACGCCUUUAAUUUACAAAAACAGUCCUUACAUUACUUAAAAAGUGAAACUUUUUGUUCGGGGCCGAAAAUGUAAAUAAACCAAUAGUUUAGGACCAUUCAUGUAAUUCACUCUUAUCGCUUCUUGAAAAAAACUCAAACUUUACCCCUGUGGAUAGAGUAGUUGCUAACGGAGAUUUAUCUCUCUUAAACCUCCGUAGAAAGGCAGUUAGUUGGUGGCGGUGGUUUGCGGCGGCGGUAGUUGUGGUAGGUGUGGGUUCGUACUUCUGAUUAUCUUUUCAUUUGCAUUGAUUUGCGAGAAGAAUUGAGAUAUGGCGGCGAUUUACACCUCCGUGCGUUCCUUCACACCUUGUUUGACUUCGGUAUCUCCGCCAUCUUCAUCGCUUGUUACAGGAACUUCAAGACUAUCUUCAUCAUCAUCCAUAGCUCCUUCAUCAAUUUCGAGGUUUCCAAGAUGUGCUUCCGCUCAUCGGACGGCGUCGGCGGCGAUGGUUGUUUGUAUGGCCCCAGACGAAGAGAAAUUGACUCGUCGGAACCCUCUUGAUUUCCCUGUGGAAUGGGAAAGGCCAAAACCAGGAAGAAGACCUGAUAUAUUUCCACAGUUUAGUCCAAUGAAAACUCCAUUGCCACCACCAUCACCAUAUGACCCUCCUGCAGAAGAUGAGGAAGAAGAUGAGGAAGAGAACAAGGAAGAAGAGGAAGAGGAUCCUGAUAAAGAACAAUCAGACAAAACACCACCACUGUCAUCGCCACCGGCACAUCACUGUCUUUGUACCAUCACCGUAAGCUACCUCCCACCCAAAUCUUCCCACCUUUGCACCAAUAUCGAUAUAGAUAUGAACUUCGUUAACAAUUGGAUCGUCUCAGAUCUAGAACGCCAUCGUCUUUUACCCCGUUGUUAA